UUUGCUCUCACCAUCUCUCUCAUCCAUGUGAUGUAUGAUCGCAUUGAGAAACGAUUGACAAACUUUUGUCAUUUGGUGCGGGCUCAACCAGAUAUUGUAACUCGCCUUUUGCAAGUUAUCCCACCAAAUGAAUCAGAACUGGUUCUGGAUGCAGUCGCCCUUCAGCUGUGCUUGUCCAAUCUUGAACCAACUGCAGAGGAGUUUUCCGACCCUCAGACGCGCUUAGUAUGGUGCAACAGAGUAUUGAGUAUAAGAUCCAGUGCUGACAACAUGAUCAGUAACCUAUCACAGUAUGGACCUAAAACGGCUCGCAUUCUGCAGGAAUGCAAGUCCACAUGGCAGAGAGCAAGUGCUGUAAGGCUUUUCAUUGAACACACCUGUCCAGGCACGUUACCAUGCCACCCAGCGGACAUCAAAAAUGUUUUCAAACUGUGGAAGGCGUUGGGUGAUGAGACGGACUUCACAAAGCCGCACACAAUGCGAGUAAUUGAGAAGUUCCUUGUGGAUUGCAGUGAGGCUGUUAGUAAACGGUAUACCAGUUAUGGUGUAAACACCUGCCCGGUGUGCCUGGAAGGUCUAGCCGGAAAAGACCCCGUUAAAAUGCCCUGUGGUCACGUGAUUUGCCUGGUUUGUGUAUCUAAUUGGAUCGAGCGAGAACGAACGUGUCCGUUGUGCAAACAAGAUGUCCCUGAUGAUUUCAAAAUACUGUCCACCAAGUUCAUAAGGAAAGCUGUUAAAGAACAUUAUGACUUCCGUCGUCGGUGCAAUUCAUUUUUCAUGGAACUGGUUUCACUGUUCUGUUUCGGUGCGAACGCUGGUGAUGGUGGGAUGGAUCCUGAGCUGUUUGCCAUGUUCAUGAGUUACGUAAUAGAAGGUAGUUCCAAGACUAAGGAUUUCUCACCCUUCCCAGAACAUGGCAUUGAUGCUACACCCGUGGUGAGAUCGUUUCUGCUACAGCAGCUCUUGAGGACAGGUAAUAAGGAGGUCAAAGAGAAUUUGGCGCACUAUUUAUCUGAAGCCCGAGGAUUGAGACCAGAAAUGGAGCAUCUGUUACAAGUUUGUCAACUAUUUGUGCUCUGUUGGGAGGUGAGCUUUCGUAUUAUUAGCAAAAUGAAAUGCCCACUGUCAUUAGAACUAGAAAUAGGCCAUUUCCGAGUUUACCUUGUGCCUCUCUUUCAAAGUAAGUCCUCGAGCAAAAGGUUUCAAGUCAAAUUGAGUUCGAUUUGCGUGAAAAUGAGGGUGAUGUAGCAGCUCUCGUAAGGU